UUUGGAAAACAAGCGUUUUCACAAGUUUCACUAGAAAUAAUCGCACCUUUUGAUUGAAUUCUGUCAUUAAAGAGUUUCUCAUUUAAAAUAUUGGUAUCAAGAUAAACAGUUGUGUGUGUUCUCUUUUUAAAAAAAAUCAAUAAAAUUACGUAUUUUUUUGGUGGAAAUAACGAAAAUCAAUAAGAUGAUUGCAAACGUUUGUGUGGAUGGUGGUCAUCGACUAAUAAUUCAUCCGAAAACAAAUAGUCAAAAGCACAUUACUGAAGCUGUUUCAAAAGCAUUAAAUCUAUCGCCAUCUGAAUUUUAUCUAACACAAAAUGGGAAAUUGAUCAAUAACAACAAUGAGGAAAAUAAUAUUGUUGAUACGAUGGGCAACACAAUUUAUGUGUGUAUGCGUUUAUUUGGUGGUAAAGGUGGUUUUGGUUCAAUGUUGCGUGCAAUUGGCGCACAAAUUGAGAAAACCACCAACCGUGAGGCAUGCCGUGAUUUGAGUGGACGUCGAUUGCGUGAUAUCAACGAAGAGAAACGUUUAAAAGAUUAUUUGGAUAAAAAGGCGAAAGAAGACGAAGAAGCCGGUUCAAAAGUUGCCCGGAAAAUUGAACGAUUACGUUCAAAACCAAAACAUGAAUUUAAAGACGAUGAAUAUUUUGAAACGCGAUCGAAUUUACUGGACGAUGUUUCUGAUGCGCUUGAAGAAGGCAUGAAAAAUGCAACCACAUCUACAGCUGCUGUAGCUACAAGUACGGCAACAACGAGCACGAGCGGCAUCGGUAAGGUGUCCGGAAGUAAUGACAGUAAUGACGGUAGCGUCGGUGGCAGUGGUGUUAAGCGGAAACUUGAAAAAUCGAAAAAAAAGCAAAAGAAAAAAUUGAAGGGAGCCCAAUGGCUCGACGAAGGUUUGAGCUCAGACGAUUCAAGCGAUUCCGAUACCGAUAAAGACGAUGAAAGUGUAGAUGAUACCAGCGAAAAAAGUAAACAAUCUUCGAAUGAUUAAACUAUCAACAAAAUUACAAACAAACAAUAUAUAUUUUUUUACCAUGGUUUACAUGUACAUCCCUCAAAAUAAAAAUAAAUCACAAUAACAAAAAAAAAACAGAUAUUUUUCAAUAGACACCAAUUCGACCUUAUAUUGUACAGAAUGCUGAAAAUAAAUAUCUCUCUUUAAAUAAAA